AUGGCAGGAGUCCUUCCGCAAGCUUACAUCCCAGUGCUCAUCGCAUCGCCCGAGACCGUUCCGGCCUUUCCGACGACCGUGAAGAUGUGGCAGGGUGCGAUUGUCAGUUACCUGUUCAAGCGCGUGAUACCACUGCAACGCAGGUGGUUGCUCUUGAAAACUUUUCCUGAAGCCAUCUGUAGCAUUGCUCUCCUAGCCUUGGACAACUCUGUCUUCGCCGUCGAACACUACAAAACUUCCGAGGGCACUUGGAUGUUCAAUCUGACGUUCAAUUUUCCCAAAGGAGCCUCCUUCGUGGUUUGUGUGAACCUCUUGAUACCUUGCAUCGUCUUCGUUGCGACUUGGUUAUUGUAUGAACCAUUGCGCAGCGCAUUCUGGAACACAAAUAAUCUUAACCCACGCAAGGAUGUCUCCCAGCCUGUGAUGGAAUCUGAUCUGAAAAUGUCAUAUAUGGGUCAUGUGGACUCGGAAAGAGAUGUGUGUGUGGUGUCAUUUCCUGGCAAGUACACCAAAGCUUGGGAGCUCUGUAUCGGAGGCCGACACCGAAUGAGUGUGGCAUGUGUCUUCUUGCUGAAUGAGGAGGACGGAUACGGACGACAUAGCGACACGUGCAUGUGCAAGGAGCUUUAUGGCGAAAGAGGGGCUGCAGACUUCGGAUACUACAAACAGUUGAAUGACAAAGACCACAAGAAAGCGGCAGAAGCUCUGGAGGAGUUCAACAAUGAGGAGAAUAAGCGCCGGCCCAGUUGGGGUUGCAAGUGGUUUGAAGAAUGGACAAAAAAUGUGGAGAAAGCAGUUGCCCAACAACAAACCCUCGUCGUCUACUACUUCAGAGGUCAAGUUGGACAGGGAGAAGUGGAUUGGGCGGAUCUUGGUGAAGUUGAUCUUUGGGACAAGGUGGGUCUUGGGGGCUCUCAGAAAGGAGAAGUUGCAUGGUUGAAGAAGAACGGGUACGACUUCGUGAGAAGGGAUGUGGCCGAUUUGUAUGAGGUACUUGACGAAUUUUGGGCCUGA